AUUUUGGUGAACAGAAUUUUCGUUCAAUUUCAAAUUUCAAACUAUUAGUGCUACUUGUGGUAUUCGCUCUCACCUACCAACCGAAUAUUUAUCUCAGGUGUAAAGAAAACUGAAAUUCCGAUGCAGUCGACUGUAGCACGCGAAAAGUCUCUGGCAAGACGACGACGCCUUAACAAUGGUUUACGUUUGUUUGACUCUAUCAAAUUGAAGCAACCAUCUGGUAAUACCGUAAUUGACGAGGCUUAUCGUUUAGUACAAGAAGGAGAAGACAGCAUUGUGUUUGAUAAAGACUUUCCACAUGCUGUUCUGGUGGUUGGAAAUACUGGCGUUGGGAAAUCGACGGUUGUGGUAUUUAUUUCGACGGAUGUUUCUGGUAUGUAUGCAGAAAAAUAUCCACCCAAGAUUGGACAAUUGGUGAUCUUGGACGAGGAUGGCAAAAUCAGCAAGCCGGGCGAAGCAACGGACUCGAAAACACUGUAUCCGGAAUUGUUCAUUAACACGACACGGGACACGGCCUAUUACGAUUUACCCGGCUUUAAAGACAACCGUGGCACUGCAAUUGCAAUUGCAACUUCCUACUUGACAAGAUUGGUCUUUGAAAAUUGCUCCAAAAUCAAAGUUCUACUUUGUGUCGAUUACAAUUCUGCUAUAGGAAUGGAUCGAGACGGUUUCAUUAACUCACUGUGUAAUUUGGGUGAGCUCAUCAAAGACACAUCGAAGUUCAAAGACGCCUUUGCAAUGGUAUCAACCAAGACACCCAACAUCCCCGAUGAUGACGGUAGCAUCGUUUCGGAUGAAGAUGUUAUGGGUGGUAUUGUGCAUAUCCUUAAAAACGACGUUUCAAAAGGGUUGAAAAAUCGGUUAGAAGCUGAAACAAAUCCAGAGACAAAAAAAGUUCUACAAAAUGCACAAUUCAUAUUAGAAGCCCUGGUAACAGAAAAAGCAGGAAAAUAUACACGUAUAGGACUUGUUCGAAAUCCACAAAAAGAAGGACCGUUGUUGGAAUUUUCACCUCUCAUGAUUGCAACAAGACCAACCAUUAUCAACGCUGUCAACGACUCAUCAUAUGUUUCCGUGUCGCGAUCAGAUCUCGGUUACACACUUGCAGAAUCAACGCAGCUGGAGAUGUUGACACUGGCGAAGGAAAUUGAUGGUCAAAUUGGAAAUGAAUUGAAUAAAAUAGCUGCGGGUAUUGAAACUUCAAUUUGGACAAAUGUCAAAGCAUCUGUUGAUUGGAAAUUGCUUAGAGACGAUCUAAAUACUUUGCAAGAAAAUGUGCAAGUAAUUUCGGAUUCAUUGAAAUCUUUGAAUAGGAUUGAUAAAGAUGAUAUUGAAUAUUUACAAGAACGGCUUGCUAAAGCUAAUGUAAGCGUAUCUGUCGAAGACCUGAGUAACCACGUUGACUACAUGAUUUUUCUGGAAAACAUGCUUGAACGCGAUGACAUUCAACACGUACCGAAACUUGCAUUUGAUCAAAUUGCCAAACUUUCUAGCGGAGUACAUGCUUGGUUUGUUUUGAUGUUUCGAGUUUACGAAGCUUUGAGCCAGUAUAAGAUACAGGAAAGUCCAAAACUAUACAAUGUGGCUGAUAUCAAUGAUUGGGGAAAGCCUGAUAAGAAUCAAGGUCUGACAAUCACAUCAGCAAACAUUGACCAGUUUUUGGAGCGUCUCAAUUUGGACAAGACAGCUGUGGGAAGUUUAAGCAUGGACAAAGAGCGUAUGAAUGAAAUCAAUUCAGUCGUACGCCUUUGUUUGCAACAACCAAUUUCAAGUACUUACAAAAACGACGUACUAGCAAUUAGUGCACCAUUUCUCACCAUGAAACGUAUAAAGGAAGAAUACAAGAAGUCACCGCAAGCUAAAAUACUUUCAGUUUCAUGCACUUGUGGUGUGUUCAUUGAUGAUGAGUUGAAAACACCAGGACUCCAUCUUCUACUGUUAUCACCAACAUGGACUGUUACUGGCAAUUACAAAAUUGAUCUUAGUGGAAACAAAGGAGAACCUUAUCCUGGUCCAGCACAAAGUGGUAAAGAAGAAACAGUAGGUUCGCCUGGCUCACCAGGAAAACCUGGUCAGCCUGCUGGACAUUUCAUUGGCAUAGCAGAUACGGUCGUUGGUGGGGAGAAAUUAGCGAUUUACGCAAAUGGCGGAGAUGGUGGAAAUGGACAGGCUGGUGGAAAAGGUGGGCCUGGCAAAGCAGGUGUCGAUCCAAGGCUUCCUGGUGAUUAUGGAAAGAAGCCAAGUACAAGAUACAAUCUAGAUGACUACAAAACAACAUUGAUAUCUCCUACUUUUCCAUUGUUGGUAUUCCAACGAGAAGAAUGGUAUACCAUUUUUAAAAUCAGCAGUGCAUCGAAUGGAAGUCGUGGUGGAGAUGGUGGAGUUAGCGGUUUGCCCAACAUUGCUGGAAAAAUAACAUUGGAUUUCUUUAGUAAGCCAAUCGGAAAUCCUAAAGUGUAUCAUACAAAUGGAACGACCGGAAGUAAAGGAAAAGGUGGAGAAGGUGGGGACUCCGCUAGGCACGGAGAUGAUAUGAAAGCUUAUCGCUGGUAUAAUUACAUAAUGACUGAGGACGCAAAAACAGCUGGAGGAUGGGAACGUAAAAGCUGGGUUAAUGCAGGUUACUCAGAUUCAGGGUACCGCGGAGCCGAUGGUGUGAAUGCUAAAGAUCAGAAAAAUCCAGACAAGCAAAUGCCUGUUAGUGAAUUAACACCUCAGCUUAGCAUUUACAAAGAAAUCAUUCUUAAGCUUGCCAAUGAAAAUCCGUUGCGUCGAAAUGAUUUGUUAAUCUUUUUCCAAAAUAUUAACGAAUCAUCAAACGUUCAAAAUUAUUUGUAUAACACCUACGGCUUUCUACAUGAGCUGACAACGUUAGAAACUCAACUUUACAAAUCGUAUCAACAUCCAAACACAACAAACUACUACAACUCUCUGUUACAACGAAUCAAUGCAUACGUAGCUGCACAAAGUUUGCACGGAGCAAAUGUUGAAAGACUUGCACUCUCAACCGUUUCAACGGCUUGUUUGAGCAAAAUAUGUGCAUUGGAUUUUCAAGCUAAAUCCAAGAGUCUCAUGGUCGAUUUUGAGACAUUUAAGAUUCAGAGCUUGAAAAAAAUUGACACCAUUGCAGCAGGUGACAGAAAAGUAUCAGCCAUUGAGAUUCGAGAUGAAUAUGUAAGUGAGAUUAAGCUGCUCGUACAACGGGGACUCGACUUGAUGAAGAACAAAGUGAAACCAGCCAUUAAAAAUGCUAUGGAUAACAUGAACAAUGUACUAGAAAAUCUAGUAGAUGCAAUUGUGGACUUAACCGAUGAAGGUGAUGUACACGAGCUGAUUGAAGCAAGAGACAAAAUGCGUCGUAACUUGGUUGCCAGAGUAUUUCUUGGUAUAUUCGAUUUUAUUGGAAAAGCAUGCGGAUUUCUUGGACCAGUAGGACAAGGAGUUGUAAAUUCUAGUUGCGUUUCAAAAGAAGAUUCAGUCGUUAUGGAUCGAGAUGUGGAUUUUGGUCAGAGUGUGCUAUUACCACCGGGCGUCAUUGAUGGACUUGCAGGACUGACGGAGCUGCUGCUCCAAAUUCGAAUGGCUAAAAUUGAAGAACUUUCCGCUCAAUUGGAAGUUUGUCAAAAUGGUCUGAAAGAUAAUCCAUUUGAAAAAGCUAAUCUAAACGUAAUUGACGACAAAGCUCGCAAAUUGCUUCCAAAACUCAAAGAAGAACAGAAUAAUAAAAUACCAGCAGAUGAUGUUGAAGGUCUUCAAAAAUCCACUCAAACAAUAAUGCAACUUGAACAGGAGCUUCAAUACGAAAUUAACAAGAAGGUGGAAGCGCUAGAAGAAGAAAUUGCGGCGGGAGACAAAAAGAAAGAAAGAACGUUGUCGGUUCUGAAGAAUAUGAAAACCGGAAUCACUCUUGUUAAGUCAAGUAUUGAUUUGUACAAACAAGUUAAAGGUGACAAGAAGAAAGUUGAUUCCAUGACUGGGGCAAUAGAAGAUUCGGAUGAACAAAUGGUAGCUGUCAUGUUUUACCAGAAUGCUAUUUAUAGCCUACUAUUUCCGUUUGUCCGAGAAAUUCAAAAGAAUGUGGAAGCAGUACAAGUAGGCUUGCGCACACAAUCUCAAAUUGCACUGGACGUUAAAAAAUGGGAAGUACAGGCAGCGCUAGGAGUUAUUCAACAUUUACUGAACAAAAACAUGGGCGGCUUUAAGUAUGUAGAGGACGUCAAUGCCUGUUUCGAGCAGCUAAGCGAAGCCUUAUCACUUCAAGUUCAUACAUUUGAUCGCCUUGAGAAUAUACGGAGCCAACAAGCUCUAGGACACUACAUUUACAACACUAAAAAUGUUGGAGACUACUUGAACCUUCUCAAAGGAACUCCAUAUGAAAAGUUUGUCUCGCAACUGAACGUGACCAUAUUGACAAAUUUGGGCUUUCUUGAGUUUGGCAACGCAACGAGUGUGUUCAAACAGUACAUGAAUCGCAUGAACAAAAUAUAAAUUUACUUAUCCGAACGAUCACUGAUACAGUUUACUUAAUAAAAAAAUUGUAAUAACGGGAAUAUUCGCGAU